ACUCUGUGAGACUGAGCAGGAACGAGCCUCACGUCCUCUGUCCUCUGUCCUCACGUCCUUCUCCCGGUCCCUGAACACCUGCGCGCGAGAGGCAUGUCACACACUGUGCAUUUAUAAGAAACAGAUAUUUCAUUUUAUUCUUUCAAAAAAAAAGAAACUUAUUGGAACCUCUUUUCCACGAGACCUGAGUGGUUUGCGCCGACACAAUGUCCACAGAUGGACAGAAGAGCAGUGGCAGCAGGGCCAUCCCGGGGACCAGGAGGGUGACGGUGCUCGACCCGGCGCACAUGCCCCACGACUACAGCUCCACUCCCGGGGGCACCGUGUUCAGCACCACCCCGGGCGGCACUAGGAUCAUCUAUGAUCGUAAGUUCCUGCUGGAGCGCCGGAGCUCCCCGCUGGCCCAGACUCCUCCUCGUUGUCUGCCUCACAUUCCUGGAGUGACCAGUCCCUCGUCCAGUGAGACCAGAGACCACAGCAAAGAACCACUGAACAACAGCAGCAGCCUGGCACCACCCAGCAGCCACACUGGAGAUGAAGACCAGUUCCAGAUGGACAUGGAGCUGUAGGACAUGUAGCUCAAGUCCUGAGUCAGUCCUGCCUGUAAAGAAGAGUCCACCACUCUGCAUCCUUCUUCUGUCUGCUUCUUUCUUCACUUCACAAAGCCUCAGCAGGCUCCACUCUCAUAUAGUGUGUAUGUUAGUGUAUAUGUGGAUGUUUUCAUCACUGUCAUACUUGUCCUCGACUAUCAUCUGAAAGAAGCUCUUUGUAGAUUGAAGGGUUUAGGACGUCCUUGAGGAUGUACCAACUGUUUAGUGAGUUUGGAGAAUCCAACACUAGAAUCAUUUGGAUCAUUUAACUAACAAUAAACAAUUACUCAAACAUGUGUGAAUGAAAAACUCCAGAUGUGUUUUUGAGGAGGGAACGACAUUUUGACAUGGUUCAAAACUCAAUUUUGCCUAAAAACCUUUAAUAUUCAUUUUCAAUCGAUCAAAACAAGAAAAGUAUUUGGGCUUUAUGGUGCCACAUAAAAGCAAGAAUAAUGGUCAAGAUGAUGAAAUAAAGACAUGUAUAAAUGAUAAGUGUUGAAUAUGAAGACAAACAUAGUGUGGACAUCAUCUGUUUUGUUUGUGUUCUGUCACUUUUGCUAUUAACAAUGUUGCUAAGAUUAUGCAUUACUUUACGCUUGAAUAAUUCCAAAUUCAGCUGAAUGCAGUUCAUUGUUGUAUUGUUUCUGCCACACAGCAGUGUCCGAUAACU